AUGUGCAUCCGCAAUGAGACUAUUGAGAACAGCGGGGAUAAUAUGACAGUAGAAGACACUUCUGGAAACACACGCGUGCCACGGUACCAACCGCCUUGGAACACGCCGUAUAUCAUUGGCAUUGGUGGUACGUCUGGAUCCGGGAAGACCUCAGUGGCCUCGCAGAUUGUGACCGCUAUAAAUGUGCCCUGGACCGUGCUCUUAUCACUGGAUAACUUUUACAAGCCAUUGACUCCGGAGGAAGGGAAAGCAGCCUUCGAGAACAAGUACGAUUUUGAUAAUCCACGCGCAAUUGAUAUGGAUUUGGCAUACCACUGCCUCCGCAGCUUGAAGGAGGGGAAGUGUUUCGAAGUCCCAGUGUACAGUUUUGUCAACCACAAUAGGGUACCUGGGAAGUCGAUAAGAAUAUACGGUGCAUCGGUGAUUAUCUUGGAAGGUAUAUAUGCCCUACAAGAUGUGAGAAUCUUGGAUUUAAUGAAUUUGAAGAUAUACGUCGAUGCUGACUUAGAUGUGUGCCUGGCAAGAAGGCUAUCUAGAGAUAUUGUCGAAAGAGGGAGGGACCUGGACGGUUGUUUGAGCCAAUGGGAAAGGUUUGUGAAGCCGAACGCAGUGAAAUACGUAAGACCGACAAUGCGGAAUGCGGAUGUCGUAGUGCCGUCUAUGAGCGACAACAGGGUUGCUGUAGAGUACUUGGUCAGCCAUAUUAGGUCGAAAUUGCGGGCAAAAUCGUACGAGCAUGUCAAGGAACUGAAUCUAUUGGAGGGCACCGAUCUGACGCCACUGGACGAAAACCCGAGAGUACACAAGAUGCACAAGACUCCACAGGUGCUCGCGUUGAUCACGAUGCUCCUGGACAAAACUGUCUGCAGAGAGGAUUUCAUCUUUUAUUUUGAUAGACUCUCGACCAUAUUACUGUCCAAAGUGCUCGAGAAUAUCCCGCUUGAGGGCCACACUGAAAUAGUCACUGCUUCGAAUAACGCGAUGGCGAAUUCAGCGAUGAUAAAUUUUGAUAAAGUGGCCGCAGUGGACUUGAUUCGCUCUGGGGACUGUUUUAUACACUCGCUCCGGAAGACACUUCCAAACGUGCCCAUAGGGAAGCUCCUUAUCCAAUCGGACUCGUACACGGGAGAGCCACAAUUGCACUGCGAGUUUCUUCCGAGGGGGAUUAACAAAUUCAAAAAAGUCAUGUUGCUGGAGACGCAGAUCAUCAGUGGUGCAUCCAUGGUUAUGGCGAUCCAAGUCCUGCUGGACCACGGGGUCUCCGUUUCUUGCAUCGAUGUGGUCGUGUUCACCGCUACAGAACAAGGAUUGCGGAGGAUUCUUAAUGCAUUCGACGGUAAAGUGAACGUCUAUGUCGCGAUACUCGUCACUACAGAACAAUUGCACAAUGGGAACAAGGAGUGGUGUCUUUCUCGAUUCGUGGAGAGGUUGUACUUUGGCUGUCCGUGA